AAUCUAAAUAAUUACUUAAGUCUACUACUACACACAUAGUACAUAGAUCUACUACUUAUUGGUUCAAGCAGAUUGGUGUGUCAGCAGUAGAAUCUAUAAGGUUAAUGAUGGCCAGUUUUUGUAAACAGCUCAAAGCCUUUCUAUAGAGGAAUAUUUACUUAAGUAAAGAAAUCCCAUUGUGCUGCGCCAGAUAACUGGAAUCUAACAGCCACUCCUGCAGUAACCAUGGCUAGCUUUUGGCAGCAACUGAAAGCCUUGUUAUGGAGGAAUAUCUUACUUAAAAAAAGAAAAAAGUCCAUGCUUUUUCAGGAAUUUUUCUACCCUGUUUAUUUUGUUGCGAUCCUUGCCAUAGUGAAAAGAGCAAUCAAGCCCGACGUAAAGCCAGCCAUGACUUUUCCUGUCAACAACCUUACAGACCUAAGGUUUAAUAAUGCAUUUAAUUUGAAACAUGACAUCUAUGUUGUACCAAACACAGCGCAGUUAAAAAACUGGAUGGCUGACAUAGUUACUCAGCUGCCUGGAAACUUGAGUUACCAAAUGUUUGCAACUGUAGAAGAGGCUGAGACUGCAUACAGACACAACAGCUCCAGUGUUUUAGCUGGAAUAAUUUUCAGCUAUAAAAAUAACAAAUACUCGUAUGCUCUGAGGGUUGGCUAUCACCCAGCUAACACAGUAUGUAAUACCAGGGUCGGCCCAACCUUGGCCCAAUGUACUUAUCUUGGCCAAACACUGGACAAGCUUACGCCAGGGUGCAGCCAAGAUUUGUACAUGCUUGCAUCCCUUGAUACCUUGAUAUUUAACCGUUUUUACCUUGGCUGCCAAGAUUACACUGAUUUAUGUAUUCACUGCAGAAAUUUUAGUUAAAUAUACUUGUUAAACUUAAUAUAUGUUAACUAAAAUAAGCUAUCUUUUAAUAUUAUGCUCUAAUUUAAACAUAGUAUUAAUAACAAACUACGUAGCAUGUGUUAAACAUUUUGUUAAACUUUUUAAAAGUGUGUGCUCUACUGCCGCCGGCCCCUCUCGCCCAUUGUCCCUUUGUUCACAUUUCUUCACAUUCCUUCCUAUUGUUCGCAAGCCAGCAUCCCGGUCCUUCGCCAUUUUUCUUAACAAAAGACUUUGUGCCCAGUCACAGUAAAACAGGUAGGCCUACUGCAGCCAUUUUAGUUCAACAGUGAGAAGUAGUAUAACUUUAUUUAUGCAGAAUCUGGAAAACUCGUAUUUUUUUGUUGGAAACUGUAUAUGUCAUUA